AUGCCGACGCCUCGUCUGGCAGAAAAGAUAGGGUCGCUGCUGUUUUGCCCUGACUGCGGGACCUUGCUUAACCUGCCCCGCGAUGAUGAGGUCGUGGUGAACUGCGAGCAAUGCGGACAUGAAGAACCCGCCAGCUCAUACGAGAACAUCGUCAUCACUACUCGGUCACAUCCUGAUGCGUUCCCGUCUGCGCUGAGACAGAAGGGGAAGACGCAGACCAAAGUGCACCAGGGGGACGAAGCCUUGCUUAAGGUUACGGAGAAGUGCCCCGAGUGCGGACACAUGGAGGCGUAUUCCAAGGAGAUGCAGCUGAGAAGCGCCGACGAAGGAUCUACAAUCUUGUACACGUGCGUGAACUGCAAGCACGGCUGGCGUGUCAACAACUGA